AUGAGUCAACCUCCAGUUGGUGUUCCUCCUCCUCAAGGUUACCCUGACCCUAAGGACUCUUAUCCUCCGGCUCCAGGAUAUCCUGCACAAGGUUAUCCUCUGCCGCAGGGAUAUCCUCAGCAAGGAUAUCCUGCACAAGGUUAUCCUCCGCCGCAAGGAUAUCCUCCUCCUCAGCAACAACAAGAACAGCGGCGUCCUGGUAUGAUUGAAGGAUGUCUCGCUGCUCUGUGCUGUUGCUGUAUCUUGGAUGCUUGCUUCUGA